AUGUUGACGGAUGUGACAUCUGGCUCUGUUGAAGAAAGGGCGACACACCAUUUCACCCGUGUGACGCUGUCAGAGAAGGAAACCCAGUUAAACUUAAUCAUUGUGAGCGUCAGUCAGUCAGACGUUGGGAUGUACAAAUGCAGUGUGACAUGGUAUGAUGGAAGCAGUGACGAAGGCCACUGGAUGCACCUGAACGCCACAAAAGGUACAUACGUGGUCCCCGUUCAGAGAAAUGUCUUGCACAGGGUUUUAGUCUGUGCUGGAGCUUCCCUUUGUCUUCCUGUCAUUCUGGGACUGGCUCGCUGCUUGAGUUCAAAGGUCAAGCCUCAGGCACGUCCCAGUAUACAGAUCAAAUGUGCAGUUGUACAGGAAGAUGGAUCCCAUCAGCCUCCAGAGCCUCUGCCUCGGCUUCCUGUCCCAAAGAAACACACCACUCCCUCUCAUAAAGUACCAUCCAAAUCUCAGCCAAAGAUGGAGUUAGUGUAUGCAGACAUUUCCCAGGAUGCACUGAGGCGACAAGGAGCCAUGAGAGAGCCGGUUCAGUCCACCGUCUACUCGUCUGUCCGAUUUUCUUGACCCAACAACAGCAGCAACAAAAAAAUGUUUUCAGUGAAGAAUUAAUAUACCAAGAGUACGGCAUAUUAAACGUUUGUCAAACAAACUGAUUUCUGAUUUACAGC